AUGGAGAGUAUGAGAAAAGAAGCACUAGCCAUUGUAGCAACAUUCCUCUUUCUCCAUCUUCAAAUGGCGGAUGCCGGACUGCCGCGCGUCUGUGCCAAUCAGUUCUCCCUAGCUGCCCAAGCAUGCUCUCUUCUACCGACUCUGGCUCACCACGACAGGUGCCAUGAAUCCGGCUGUGAUGAUGAGACUGACAGCAAGAGACACAGACGCCAUAGACAUCGGCUGGAGAAUUGUUGCAGAUGGCUGAAAGAGCUGGAUGAUGUUUGUGUGUGCUCGGUCUUCUCUCGGUUGCCUCUGUUCCUGACCACACCCGAUCACACGUACACCGUGGAAGUUGGUGGCAAGUGCAAAUUCAGAAAUCUCCUGUGA